CUGCUUGCCCAUCACCGUUCCCGUCAAGCCAAAAAUUAUGCGAAACCUCAAGAAGACCUCCACAACACGAUUACCGCAGGCUCUUGCCGAACAGAUCCGGGAGGGGUCCGAUUCCAAUGGGAUGCGGCACAGAAAGCAGACGGCCGGCAGCGGGAAGAUCUCCCGAAAAGCGCUAAGAAAGCAGGAGCGUCUCGAUACAAAACAACGCAAGGCGCAUUUCUUCGCCGCGCCUCAAAGCGCGAAACGCGUAGCCGAGGAAGAGCACACCGAUUCGCCUCAGCGCAAGAAGGUCAAGCUCGGUGCACCGACGGCGACUCCGGUGCUGACUCCUGCCCCGGCGAAAGUCACAAACGCAUCGGUAGCGAAAACGGCUGGUGCUUCCGCGAAGACUGGUCCGGGGCUUCCUGCCCCGAAGGCCAAGCCGAAGCAGACGGCUCUCGAAAAGCUGGUUGGACGGGCGGGAUCCGGUCCAUCCCUCCGGAUUCCUCGGACGCAGAGGGAAGAGGAAGAGGACGCGUACAUCGCCUACCUGGAAGGCAAGCUUGGGUACUCCAAAGGUAAAGGCAAAAGCGAGGGGGACGGCCUUGACGACUUGUUCGACUUUACGACUUCCCUGGAGGGGAUCGGACGGACCGGCGACGGCUUGGCCAGUGCGGGAGAGGAGUCGGGGUCUGUAGGAGAAGAAGACUUCGAAAUGGACGAUCAGGAAGACGAAAGCAAGGAAGUGGGCGUAUCAGACGAAGAAGCUAGCAGUGAAGAGGAUCUCGAUGAUGAUGAUGAGGAGGAGUGGACAGGUAUCCAGGCUGACGAAGAGGAAGAAACUACAAAGCCAAUAACGUCACAAUCGACACCAGGUCAGUCGGACGGCUUAUGUUCCUCCUCAUCUUCGAAACCAGCAAAAGGGGGAGAAGACUCGGAGGCCCUCUUGAAGCUGAAUAGACAACUGAAAGGUUUCCUGAACAGAAUGACAGAACAAAACAUUGCUUCUAUCUUGGAUAGCAUUGAGGAGGCCUACCGCAAGAAUCGGCGCAACGAUGUAACAUCCACGUUGACCACGUUAAUCAUCAACAGCAUCGCUUCGCAUUCCUCUCUUUUGGAUUCCUUUGUCGUGCUUUACGCGGCAUUUGUAUCCAGUCUCCAUAAGAUCGUGGGCAUUGAAUUUGCGGCCUACUUCGUGCAACACGUCGUGUCCGAGUACGAAAGACACCGCUCAGAGCUCGAUGGCGAGCCGGUGGACGUAAACCAAGAGUCGACGAGGGGGAAAGAGUGCUCCAACUUGAUCGUGCUCCUCUCUGAGCUCUAUAACUUUCAGGUUGUGUCCUGUGUGCUCGUAUAUGAUCUUAUCCGCGGCCUCCUGGACGGCGAAUUGUCCGAGUUCAAUGUGGAGUUGUUGCUCAAGAUCGUUCGUAACUCUGGGCAGCAGCUACGGCAAGACGAUCCAUCCGCGCUGAAGGACAUCAUCCAGAUCGUCCAAAACACCAUCUCGGAUGGUGACGAAAUUUUGAGCUCUCGCACAAGAUUCAUGGUCGAGACGCUGACCAAUCUGAAGAACAACAAGUUGAAGCGGAACGUCACGCAAAAUCAGGGUGGCGACGCGGUCGAGCGCAUGAAAAAGUUCCUGACUGGACUGGGAAAGACGCGGCAUGUGGUAGCGCACGAGCCUCUGCGCGUCAGUCUGCAGGACCUCCACGCCGCAGAGACCAAGGGAAAGUGGUGGCUCGUCGGCGCCGCUUGGGGCGGCGAUCCCCUGGUCGAUAGACAGCAGCAAGCCACCCCUGCCGUCGCUGUCACGGCGGACACGGACGGCGGGGACAGCUCGCUCGUCAAGCUGGCCCGCAAACAGGGCAUGAACACUGCCAUUCGACGCAGCAUCUUUAUCGUGCUGAUGAGCUCCGACGACUACGUCGAUGCUUGUGACCGCCUCUCUCAACUCAACCUGACCGAGGUGCAGCAGCGUGAGAUUGUGCGCGUGCUAUUGCACUGUUGCGGAAAUGAGAAGACCUACAACCCAUACUACGCGCUUGUCUGCCAGCACCUCUGCCGCUCGUCCCACUCGUACAAAAUCACACUCCAGUUCUGUUUGUGGGACUUUCUGCGCGAUCUGGGAGAGUCCAGUGUUGGCGGCCAAGCCGUGAUCAAGAACCUCAAGGAGGACGAAGACGGCUUUGGCCUCAAAUCCAUCUCGCAGACGAGGCUGAGGAACGUGGCUCAGGCGUAUGGGUGGUGGAUAGCUAGGGACAGCGUGUCGUUGACUAUCCUGAAGGCAAGGGGGUCGCCGCCCCUCUCUAGACCCUCGACUCAUGUUUUCCAGCCCGUCGACUUUACCACCCUCAAACCGCAGUCGUUCAAGUUCCUGAAAGAGCUCGUCGUGCAGGUCUUCAUCUGCAGCCAGUCGGUCACGCCGGUGCUCUCCGCCGCUGGGAUCCCCAUGUCGCGGAACCGCGCGCCGGUCGAGGAGAUAUUCCUCAAAGCGAGCCGCAUCGAAACGCUUGCGAUGGGUCUCGUGUACUUCCUCACAGAAGCUUUCCGUCGCGUGGCGGACGACGCGGAGAUCGACGACGCCGCGACGCCGCUCGUGCGAUGGGCGGCUGGGCUUGCCAAGGAGACUCUACGGACAGGGGUGGAUAUAGGACAAACUAUGUAACCGGUAACUUGCGAAUGACUGGUCAUGACUGGC